GAGAAUUGGAUUCUUAAUUUUGGUGGAAUUGAUCUGUUUUGGGGAGAUUUGGUUUGUGUUGUUUAGAAAGUAGCCAUUUUUUUUUUCAUGAGGGUUUGUUCUUGUGAAUUUCAAUGGCCUUUGAUCUGCUCCUCCAAAUCAUCCAUCAACCAUUGCUCACCUCAGGGCUUGAGAUUGGAUGGUGCUCAGAAUGUGGUGGGUGUUGUUGUGGAGAAGAAGGGUUCUUCUUGUGAGAAGAGUGAGGUAGAGAAGAGUGAUUUGGAGUCUUUGGAUGGUGGCAAGGUUGAGGUUGUUCCCAAGAGUAGUUUGAAGAAGCAAGUGGAGGGUUGCAAUCCAAAGGGGGUUGGAGAGGUGAGAGUGAAAUGGAUGGAUUUGGUUGGCAAGGAUCUUGUCCAGAUUAGAGAAUUUGAAACCAAUGAUUUGUGUGAAUCAGAUGACAAUUCUGAUGCCAACCCAGCCUGCAAGUGUGUAAUUCAAUGAGCCAAUAACUGAGAUCCUUGAAAUUUCUGCUGCACUGAGCCAUCUGAAUCCAGUUCUCCCUCAUCAUCAAUGCAAUCAUGUACACUGAAAUUCAGUUAACUGAAUGGAUGUAUCACAUUCUUGAAUGUUGAAUGUAUCUUUCCAAGAUUCAGAAAUGGUGGAUGGCAUGAUAAAACCUCUUGUAGUUAUGUGUCGGCAGAAAAGGAUCUUUGAAGAGUGUCCCCAUGCAUGUUGGAUUCUCUCAUUGUACCGACAUUGAUAUUCUUGGAGCUUGUUGCACAGAAAAGUAAUACAGAAUCAGACCAGAAGUUUAGAUUUUUAGAAUACUGUUUUGGAUUUGACUUUUUUUUCUUGUUGGUGGAGUGGUGGUGUUGACUGUUGAGCUCUCUUGUUUAAUGUAAAUUGAUCAAACAAUAGACCAUCACUGUCAUGUCAAAAUCCACAGUGUAUUUCUUUGUUGGACUUUGUAUGAACAUUCAGGAAAUUAAUAAAUCAUUUAAGCUUUCUCAA